AUGAAUUCUAUUUCCCACAACAGCUAUAACUUUUAUAACCAUUAUUCUUCUGUUGAAACCACCACUACCACAAAUAUCUCACUAAUUCUCGUUGAAUUUAACUUGUCAUUUCACCUUCACAACCUUCCGACUCCAUUUAUCUUAUACCUUAAAGAAGUAUAUCCGUCUUUGAAAAAAAGUCUCGCUCAUCAUUAUCAAUGCAAUGAUAAUAACAUUGAACCAUAUCAAAUUAACGAAAUUGCCUCACGUAAAUGGGAAUACGAAUCAGUGGAGAUACGACAAUUUUUCGAGUAUUUAUCGGAAGUGGCGAAGCUUAUUUAUAACGAUAUGUGGAAAAUUUCUUUGAAAUUUAACAAAAAUAAAUAUCAUUUUGUUUCGGAUAGCAAUAAAAAUGACGAUUAUUUUCAGAAUCCUCAUCAUCACGAUAAUACAUUUAUUGAUUUAACAAGUAAAGAAAAAGGCCAUCUUGAAACAGUUUUUCGAGUCGAUGAGACUCCGAUGGAAAAUAAACCUCUCCAAUCAGAGCACUCUCUCAAAGCAAGAAAUCGCAUUAGUAAGCCUUCUUUUAUUCAUUCUCCUGGAUGUCCAUUAGCGAGGCAACAACAGCAACACAACCAAAAAUUAAUAUUACCGCGCAUUAAAUCUGUUUUUGGUGACACUAAUAAUAAACAUCAUCAAUCUUCAUCCGUACAAGGAGCAAAAAAUUUUCCUUCUCGCUUAUCAGCUUUUCGCACGUUCGAAAAAAAGCAGUUACUUCCCUCCACUUCAAAGAUUUUAUCAUCACGAACAAUUAACAAAGUUCAAAAAUACGCAAAAAUAAGCCGCGUUCCUGUAAAAAUCAUCUUUCAUUCCUGA